AUGGGGCCCCCGGGCAAUAGGGGAUCAUGGGGCCCCUGUGUCCUUGCCCAAACUCAAAAAAGCCUAUGAAAAAGGUACCAGGGGCAUCUCAUGGGGCCCCCUACUGAAACCGGGUCCUCGGGCAGUGCCCGAGUUUCCAAAUGUCAGUCCGCCCUGUUAGGGACCUAAUAUUGUACACCCCUUGGGGGAUGGACUGAAAACUCAUGAGGCCCCCGGGCAAUAGGGGAUCAUGGGGCCCCUGUGUCCUCGCCCACACUCAAACAACACCCAAAAAAGCCUAUGAAAGGUACCAGGGGCAUCUCAUGGGGCCCCCUACUGACCCCGGGCCCUCGGGCAAUGCCCGAGUUCCCAAAUGGUCAGUCCGCCCC